GACAACGUAUACAAUAAUUCCUCGUUUAUUGUGGUAAAUUGGCUCAUAACGCGAUAUAUGAGUCGAUGUUAAUAAAGUUAAUAUUUUUGUAGCUGAGUUUAACAUUAUUAAAGCCCUGUAGACAUGAACUAACGCCCCGAUAGUCACUUUAACGCCUAUUAGGCUUUGUUUACAUCACGUGGGCAGGCUACGGGGAUAACUGCAGGGACAUAACAGACGGCCACCACCAGCAUAGCAAGCUACCGAGCGAAGUACUUAGCCUCUCCAGUGUAGUUACUCUAACCUUAAAGUCAACAAAGAGUGGGGAAGGAGGUCAAAUAACACAAAAACGUACCACUUCCAGACGGAAUGAGAGGAGAACCUUCUUUUCACUCGAUCUCAGCCACGGCAUGUCAGCUGGGCUCUGCUGGCUCAGUAGCCAGACUCAAUGCAGUGUGAAAGGUAAUGUCAUCUUACGUCACGUCUCAUAACAUUACUGAUGCCUGAAGACCAAAAAACUACAAGAUAACUUGUCCGUCCAAAUUUUUGAUGAAAAAAUAGGCCAUAGUCAACUAAAACUAGUGAGGGCGCGAUAUUCAAACUGUGAUAGCAAGGGAUUCAUGUAUGUUAGUGAUGUGCGGGUCGAGACUGAUAUAUCGCUUUAUCAGCUAAAAUAAAGUUAUCAUUUAUUUAAAUGGCUUUAUUAGUUUACUCUUUAAAUUCCACCAAUCCAUUUUCUAUGCCGCUUGUCGUUCACGUAUUUUAUGUGAUUUUGUCCUGUUUUUUUCUGUUGUUGUAUAUUAGCUUGUCUAUAUGGCGCGGCUCCCUCAAUAUACUCCAGGGUUUAAAAUAAAUUACUUCAAUAAACAAUGAAAUUAAUUGAUUUGAAUUAAUAAUUUCUUUAAGCGCCGUGUAUUCUUUAUGCUAUGAUAUGAAAUGCACAACUAUUUUAUAACAAUUUACCAGACAGGUGAAUUUGCACAAAGUAUCGGUAUCGCCGAUGCUCGCCUAAAUUUGACUCAGUAUCAGAUCGAACACGGCAUCGGCGGGGUCGGACACCACCACUGUAUACGCCAGUGCACGAGGCGACACUUCCCACUCCCCCUUUAAAGGCGGAACGACAAAUUUUCAGUUUAACUCCUUAUUGUGAAGAAUAUAGACACUUUUUGUACAAUCUGUGCUCUGAAACCACUAUCGGGAACACAUGGUGGUGCACUUAUAUUUUUUGCGGUGAAAAAAUUUGCAUGACGUUCACAAAGCGUUACCAGAAGAGUAACAACUUCCUGUUGGUGUCCCAAUGUUUGAGUCAAUGUUUUUUUUUCCAAACCACUAUCUUGUGAAGGUUUUGUGUGUUUGCAUCUUUCUCAAGCCGUCUGUCUUGUGACGCUCCUCCACCGGGUACGCGCUCGCGGACUCGCAGGCAGCAAAGCGUCCCUUUGGUUUCCAUGGCAACUCAACCACAACUCAACACGCACUUGGAGAUCCGCCACUCUCCUGACUUUAAGUUUUGGUCCGCAUAAAUUCACCUUUAACCCCGACAAAGGCACAUUUUGGCGGCCUUCCUUUCCAGUGCAACUCUUUGGCCUCCUGCGCCGUAAAGGUGAGUGACAGAAGCGUCCUCCUGAGAGCGAGAUGGACAAUAGCUGUCACACACUGCCCCGCCUGUCUCCGUGUCCUAUCGCUUUCGGAGGCCCCUUCUCUCCCUCCCUGCCCAGCCACCACAUCUCCCUCCCUCUCUCGCCCAUCUGCUUCCCGCCAUCCCCGACCUCCCUUUCUCCGGCGACAGCAGAUUCUCUCCAGUCCUCUUCGUCCCCCCUUUCCGACUGCACGGCGUCCCAUCACCUGGAGGGGGGACCUCCUGCGAUAAGUCCCUCAUACCAGGAUGACCUGACCUGCCUCAGCUGGCUGCAUCAGAGAGGAAACCUGCUCCCCCUGCAGCCACUUUCCAAAGCGACACCGCCGCUGCUUCAGCUGGAGUCGGCCAGCCAGCAUCCUGCCUCCGCCAAGCCACCGUAUUCCUUCAGUAGUCUGAUUUUCAUGGCCAUAGAAGACUCGCCAGACAAGAGGCUCCCGGUGAAGGACAUCUACGGGUGGAUUGUGGACAAUUUCCCCUACUACAGGACGGCCAGCGCAGGAUGGAGGAACUCGGUGCGCCACAACCUGUCCUUGAGCAAGAGCUUCUGUCGCAUCGAGAGGGACAAAAGUCAGUCGGUUGGGAAGGGAUCUCUGUGGUGUGUGAGUCCAGAGCAUCGAGCGGCGCUUCUGGAGGUGUUGAGGAAGAUCCACACGUUCCACAGCACCAACCGCAACCUGGUGAACAAGCCUGCCCUGCUGGAAGGAGCAGACUAUGGCAUGUCUGCAGUGUGCGACUCGAUGGAAAUGUCAGAUUCCCUUCCUCACUCCCUCAUGCUCACCCCAACCCUGGCCUCUGAUAAUCCAGCGUUUGACAACCACCCGGAUUUUCCUUUGACCCCGGAUCACGAGGAGCUGGUCGCCAUAGAGCCGGUGGAAUACCGGCAAGAGGAGCUCAGCGGGGACUUGGAGAAAGACCCCCUGGCCGACAGCGGCUACAUUGAGUUGCAUUACUACCAGUCUCAAGAGUACCAGUACCUGGUGUUGCCGGACGACACCGAGCUGGACCUGGAGACUGUGGAAAUCCUCCAGCUGGAUGCCGAUGCCCAGGAGGCUGCUGGGUCACUCCUGGACUUAGCAGGGGGAGGAUAUUAAGAUAUUAAUAUAUUAAUACCAAUGGAUUGGAUAAUUGUUGCCUUUUCUGCCUCUUUUCUGUGACGAAGGCACUGCCCAGUGAUUUAGUUGUAGUUCACUUUCCUUGUAAGUCAGCACUUUUGCCCAUUUGUGGACAAAAUAUACACUCUUUGUACUCUUUAGGGGGAGUAUUUCCAAUUAUCUGUAAUUCUCCGGUCUGGAAGAUGUCCUUCCAACUCAAAUAACACCACUGUUUCUUCAUACAGUCUUUGUCCUGCUGUUACAUAGAUAUUAAUGUGCAUCAUAACCCCCCCCAGUAGCCUAAAUAUUGGAAAGCUUUAAUGAAGUCUUUAAUGAGGCAAAAGAGAAUAUGAUAGACCAAGACAGACGUUUUAAUGUUGAACCCAUGAUCUUUAUUAUUUUCGUGCAUUCCAUGCAGAAGAAAUGAGGGGUGCCCAAAGUUCAGCCCGGCGGCUCAUUGCAGCCUGCAGCUUGUUUUUUAUUGGCCACGUGGCCUAAUUGUAGAAAUUAAAACCGACCACCAGCUGCAUCAUGACACAAAAGUAAGGGUGCACGAUCAUUAUCAUAUCAUUGAUAUCAUUGAUAAAUCCGAUAGCAUUAAAAAUAGCUCUGAUAACCGAUAAUUUAAAAAACGCUCCAGUGAGGCCAGAUUACCCAUACUGUGCGGGUGAGCAGAUCAAGCGCUCCUCACUUCUCCUGCUUCGUAAAUUUGUAUCUUCCCCCUGAGCUUGCUUGUAAACAAACUUUCACUUUCAGGGGAAGACAUUUCGCGUUGUAGUUGUACCAAAUGCUUCACGAGGAGUGGGAAAAAAAACAUUGAUCACACAAAAAACCUUAAAAGCCACCUUAAAAGCCACCUGAAACGCCAGCCACACGCCGUUUGAAAAGUGCAAAAGGUUUGCCAGAGACCUCCGUGGCGUAACACCGGCUACUCGUAGCAUGUGCCCGAAUACAGUGCACCUUGCUGGGCCACACCAGGUUGUGCUUCCCACUCUAUACUCUGGUUCUCUUGACCUCCACAGCGGCACACUGGGCGCUUGGAGCAUGUGCCCAAAUACAGUGCACCUUGCUGGGUCACAGCAGGUGGCUCCCUCCCCUCUAGACUCUGGUUCUCCUGAUAGUAGUGAUGUACUAAGGUGCAGUUGGUCAAAUCCUAAUUUGUUCCAGUCCUUCUUAUCACCAGGUGUGCACAAAUUACACUUAUAUCUAAAUUUUUAAAAAGUAGAAUGAAAAAAGUUAUGGGUAUAAUAUCGGGCUUGAGAAGCAGAAAGUUAUUGGUAUCGGUUUAAAAAAAAAAAGAUACUCUGCGUCUCUGAAAAAAAGUUAACACGUUGUGAAAAAAAAUAAAAGGUAUUGAAAUAGCUAUCACAAGAUUAAGAUCAAGCUAAUACUAAAAACUAUUUGAGUGUAACACCUAUCUGAGAUGUAGGCCGUUAGUUUUCCCGAAUAUACAUUUCAUUGCUUUCGAUAUCGUGACCUACAUUGGAUUGCUUUUGGCGUGUGUUAUAAACAAAAGGUUAAAAAUGACAAGAAUUGGAUUUUUCUGGAGUGGAGCAAGUUUGGACACCCCUGUUUUAAAGUAAAAAAAUAUAUAAUACUAACUUUUGUUCUGUUUUAACACUAAACUGUGGCCUCAAAGUACAAUAUAUACUAGAUGUAAAAAAAAAAGUCCUCCACAACAACUCUGCAAUGACCCAUCAUGCUACACUGACUCACUAUUGCCCACCAGAUAAGGCAUAGUGUAAUACUGUAUAUUCAUUUGUUUAUCAUUUAUUUGGCUUUGAAUGUGUUUGAAUGUUUAUUUGGCUUGAGAAUGUGCUUAUUUAUGAAUGUCCUAUAUAUACACUUCCAAAACAGCAACACUGCCAUUUCAGGGUCCUCUCCACUGUAAACCUCAAUUCCUACAAAUUGUAUUUUUUUUAUUUUUUUGCCUUACUUUUUUUAAUCUAACAAAUUAAAUCUGUCAUUCUGUUA